UCGACGUGCGUUAGAGAUACCUGGUGUCGCCAUGGGACGCCGCCCCGCUCGUUGUUACCGGUAUUGCAAGAAUAAGCCGUAUCCAAAGUCUCGCUUUUGCCGAGGCGUCCCUGAUGCCAAGAUCCGUAUCUUUGACCUGGGUCGGAAGAAGGCAAAAGUGGAUGAGUUCCCACUCUGUGGACACAUGGUGUCUGAUGAGUAUGAGCAGCUCUCUUCUGAAGCCCUGGAGGCCGCCCGAAUUUGUGCCAACAAGUACAUGGUGAAAAGUUGUGGCAAAGAUGGCUUUCACAUCCGAGUGCGACUCCAUCCAUUACAUGUUAUCCGCAUCAACAAGAUGUUGUCCUGUGCUGGGGCUGACAGACUCCAGACAGGUAUGCGAGGUGCCUUUGGAAAACCCCAGGGUACAGUGGCCAGAGUCCGCAUUGGUCAAGUCAUCAUGUCCAUCCGCACCAAGCUUCAGAACAAGGAACAUGUGAUUGAAGCCUUACGCAGGGCCAAGUUCAAGUUCCCUGGGCGCCAGAAGAUUCAUAUCUCCAAGAAAUGGGGCUUUACCAAGUUUAAUGCUGAUGAAUUUGAAGACAAAGUGGCUAAGAAGUGCCUCAUCCCGGAUGGUUGUGGAGUCAAAUACAUCCCCAGCCGUGGCCCUCUGGAUAAGUGGCGAGCUCUGCACUCGUGAGGUCUUUGACCGCACUGGCAAUUUUGACCAUGCUGGUCUGACUUUUGUGAACCAAUAAAUUUUAUUUAUGGCAAAA